ACUCAAACUCAAAGGCUUCCUUCAGAGAUCAAUCAUAUUUUCAGCAUUUCACAAGUUGUUUCUUCAAUUAACCCUCUUUCUAUAUAAAUCCUAAAGAAAUAUGGCAAUUAGUAUGGGGCGCAUUCUCCGUGGGAAGCAAGGAGGCCUCAGAAGGUCUUCCUCGAGAACAGACCGAGAAAGCGAGGUUCCUAAGGGUCACUUUGCAGUUUAUGUAGGCGAGGGCGAGAAGAAACGCUUUGUCCUCCCGAUUUCCUACUUGAAGAGCCAUUCAUUCCAAGAACUGCUAUGUCAAGCUGAAGAAGAAUUUGGAUUCGAUCAUCCGAUGGGUGGGCUUACAAUCCCUUGUCCCGAGGACACCUUCCUCGGCAUCAUUUCUUCCCUGGCAUGAGGAGUUGAUCUUGAUAGAUAGACUUCAUACAACUUUAGGUUUAUAUAUAGACAUCAGAACAAUUUUGCAGAGAAAAAUAUUCUUGUACAUGCUCUGUUUUUUUCCCAAUAUCAUAUUGGAAAUAUACUGAUUUUCUAUCA